AUGAUGACUCUUACUACGAUGAUGAGUUGGAGGACAAGGACGACGAAGGAAGAACGGUCUACGAGGAAAAGUUCAUCGUUACCUCGAGUUGCUACCCUACUCGAAGAACUGGCUUUCGGUCUUCUCCAAGCCAGCAAAACCAUCGCUAGCGAAGCAGCACUCGAGUUCUACAGCGGUAACGCAUUUCAUUUCGGCGGAAACCCAGUCUGGAACCCUUUCUAUGGCUGGCUUGACCUGAUAGGGCUGAAGAAUCGCUCCUAUCUGCGAAAGAUAUCUCUUGAGAUAGUCAGACCUCAAGCUUUUAUCGCAAACCACUUAGACAUCCGUGUUCUCGCGCUUGCAAGACUCGACUUUGACUUUCGGCGCCAGAAACUCGUCUCAUGUUCAGAGCCAACAGAAGAGAGCGACUUGCUAUUUUUGGACCCCGCUAUUGAAGCCUGUUUCCGAAUCUUGGGAAUGCAUGGCCCGCAAUUACUGCUGAAAUUGUUUUUAGCACCACUGUUUCUGCCUGGUGUUCAUGUCCUUUGGCCAAACUUUCAUGACCGUGAUUCAGAGUGUUGGUCGUCGUUAUCACUACAUAUUCCCAGGAGUAUUGAGGAGUAUAGAAAAAAGUUUUCGAGCAGGGCAGAUGUCGUGUGGUUUGGUAUGGGAAGGAAGGAGUUUUUUUACGCGCAAGCCGACGAUAUUCGAGAGAACGGAUGGGAAAUUCUUGAAACAAAGGACAUGCUUGACGGUUUUGUCUAUAAUCCGCAUUGGGAGACAUAUUUUAUGGUUCGAAGGACUUGUUCUAGUCCUCUAGGAACCUCGACAAAUUGGUUGGCGGAUGGCACCUUUGAGCAAUACAAGCGGAUGAUGGAGUCACUCUGA